UUCUUCGAUUCAUCUACUCGGAAUCGCCUCGCCACAUUCUCUCUCUCACCACCGAUAAAUCAUCUCUUAAGGUUUCCUCGCUAAUUGUUUCCUGCGAGAAAAAUUCCGCAAAACCCUAAACUCUUCCUUCUUUGCUUCUCCGCUUUUCGGCAAUCGAAGAGUUAAAAAGGAACUUGUUAGUCAUCUGGGUCUCUCCGGAAUUUGAAUGAAGCUUUUUGUUUUUUCGAAUCUAGGGUUCUUCUCCGAAUUAGAAGCCUGAAGCUGUAGAUAACAUUAUGAGCGCCAUCAACAUCACCAACGUCACCGUCUUGGAUAAUCCUGCCCCUUUUGUUAGCCCUUUUCAGUUCGAGAUUUCAUACGAGUGUUUAAACUCUCUCAAAGACGAUUUGGAAUGGAAACUUAUCUACGUGGGUUCAGCAGAAGAUGAGACUUAUGAUCAAACUCUAGAGAGUGUGCUUGUGGGACCUGUUAAUGUUGGGAACUACCGGUUUGUAUUGCAGGCUGAUCCUCCAGAUCCUUCAAAAAUCCGUGAGGAAGACAUCAUCGGUGUCACUGUGCUAUUGUUGACAUGUUCGUACAUGGGUCAAGAAUUCUUAAGAGUUGGGUAUUAUGUGAACAAUGACUAUGAAGAUGAGCAACUUAGGGAAGAGCCUCCAACUAAGGUUUUGAUCGAUAAAGUCCAGAGGAACAUACUCUCAGACAAACCUAGAGUUACUAAAUUUCCUAUAAAUUUUCAUCCAGAAGACGAGCAGGCUGCUACCACUGCUGCUGAUCCUCCUCCUGAACCAACUGAUGAACAAGCUGGUGUCAAUGGUGAAUCUCAAGUUUUGCCUGAUCAGCCACCAAAACCAGAGGAAUCACCCCAGGAAUCAUGAUUUUUAUUUAAGCUAAAUCGUUGAAAAUCGGAUGAGAACUAUUUGUCCUCUCCAAAGAUCUUGCCUUUUGCUUCUUAUCUUAGGGAAGUGGUUCUUGGACAUGUUUGAAUGUUUUUGUUUUUGGGGCAUGGGUUUAGUUGAAGCAAAGCCAACAUUUCGAAAUCAAGAUUAUGUUCCAGAAAUGUUUAAAAUUUCU